UGUCAAAUUUCUCCAUUGCUCAAUGCCUACAUAAACCUUCCAAUCUCACAUGUAAACUCGUAACAAGAAAUAAACAGAGUUAAAAACUUUAUACUUUAAAAUGGGAAGUAAGCUUUAUACGACGACGUUUCUCAACUUAGUCACCUUACUCUUCAUUUUCCGGACAAUCUCAGCCGUCCGUUUCCCUCCGGCACAACCAACAACCGACGACCUAGAUUUCAUCCGUACUAGCUGCAACGCAACGCUUUAUCCAGACGUAUGUUUCACGUCUCUAGCUGGAUACGCCUCCGCCGUCCAAGAUAAUCCGGCGAGACUAGCUAAACUCGCAAUCGGCGUUUCUCUCUCCCGCGCAAAAUACACGGCGGCUUACCUCUCCAAACUCUCACGUCGCACUGCCUCAGCCGCCGUCCACGACUGCGUUUCGAACGUUGGAGACGCCGUAGAUCAGAUGCGUGGCUCCCUAAGGCAGCUUCGAGAGAUGAACCACCGUCGUCCCGGAGCUCCGGCGUUUAGGUUUCAGAUGAGUAACGUGCAGACGUGGAUGAGCGCGGCGUUGACGGACGAGGAGACGUGUACGGAUGGGAUCACGGAGGAGAUGGAAGACGGAGAGACGAAGACGGCGAUUUGCGAUAGAGUCGCCGAUGUCAAGAUGUUCACGAGUAAUGCGCUUGCUCUCGUUAACACUUACGCCAAUAAUGGAGCCUAAGCAAAGCUAAGCUAGGUCUUGAAACCCUAAAGUUAUAAAAAUACUUGUAUAUAUAAAAAUGUGUCAAGUGUGCUUAGUUUUUUAUGUGUAUUCGAGGCUUUGAAACCGAGUUAGAACUCUGAGUUUUGUGUAUUCAAAUUAUACAUAAAUCUAUGUUUGAUUGUAUUAGUAUAUGUCGCAUGUGUUUUAUAUCGUGUGUGCUAUAUGAGUGAUGGAGAUAAUUAUA